AAAAAAAGAAAGAAAAUUCCAAGAAAUGGAUUAAGGAUGAGAAAGUGUGUUCAAAUGUAUGCUCAUAGUUGCUCAUCUUCAAUUCUUUUUGUUUCUUUCUUACUCCUGCUACUAUUGCUCUAUAAUAAUAAUAAUAAUAAUAAUUGUACUGAUCAUAUUUUAUGGGAAUUCGCUAAAUCUCACCUUCACACCUCAACGACAGUCGCUGUUUGCUGUACAGAUUAUCAAUACGCAAUAGAGGGAGAGAGAAAGUCUCCAGUCCUUUUUUUACUUUUAGUGAGAGAGAGAGAGAGAGUGAUGGGUGAGAGAAGUGUGAGCAUUUUCUAGGAGUUAAACUUUUGUGGGUUUGUGAAAUUUUCUAUCUUUUCGUCAAAACCAAAAGCUACCCAAUUCCGUGCUCUUCUCUCUACCCCCUUCUCUCUCUAAAAGCUCUUUCAUUUCAUAAUUUGGGAACCCUAAGUUUUAGAACGAGAAAGAUAACGAUUUUGGGGUGUUUUAAUGGAGGGUGCUGAGUUUUAGAGCUUAUUGAUUCACUUAUGGUUCAUAUUUUUGGUUAGUGGGAAGAGUUGUUUGGAUUUUGGGUUUGUUUAGUAAUGGAGCCUCCUGGCGGUGGAAAUGGCGGAGAGUCUGCUGCGCCAGCUGGAGUUGCCGGAGGCAGUGCCGGCGGAAGUGGUGGUUCUGAUGUGGAGAAAAAGAAGCCACCGGAAGGAGGAGAGCCUAAGGUUAAGCGCAAAAUGAAGACAGCUUCGCAGUUGGAAAUUCUUGAAAAGACCUAUGCUAAGGAAGCUUAUCCAUCUGAGGCAGUGAGAGCAGAGCUGUCAGUUAAGUUGGGAUUAACUGAUCGGCAGCUACAAAUGUGGUUCUGCCAUAGGAGACUGAAGGACCGAAAGGCCCCCUCAGCCCCCUCAGUAAAGCGGACACGAAAAGAAGAUUUGCCGGGGGCAAUGGUGUCUUCUUGUGGACAAGAUGACAUUGCAACUGGGGGUGAAUUGAGGAGUGGGCAUGCGUCUGCCUCUGCUUCGGGAUUGAACCCACAUACGCCUGUGGAUUUGCAACCACACCAUCCCCGGGUUGUUCAUCGACCUGGAACUGCAGUUCCGAGGUAUGCAGCUGAAAUGCCAGCCAUGAAGCGGUAUUAUGAGCCACCUCAGGCUAUAUCAGAGCUUCGUGCUAUUGCAUUUGUUGAGGCGCAGUUAGGAGAGCCAUUGAGGGAGGACGGGCCUAUUCUUGGAAUGGAAUUUGAUCCCUUGCCACCAGGUGCAUUUGGCGCUCCCAUUGUGACAGCAGUGCAUCACAAACCAGCGGAACGGUCUUUUGAUACUGAACUAUAUGAGAGACAAGAUAGUAGACAAAUCAAGGGGCCUACAAGGACUCUCCUUGAAUACCAGUUUAUUCCAGAGCAGCCAUCUAUUAGAAGUGAUGCAUAUGAACGAACUGUUCCGCACCACUAUUACGGUUCACCUUCUGAAGCUCAGGGAACCAGGCCUUCUUUAUCUUCUGGACGCUCUUAUCUCCAUAACAGUGAGCAUUUUCCCUCAGGAUACAGUAUACAGACUCAACCGCCAACUUUAAGUCUACUACAUCAGCAAGGGAGACAUGCCCACUUAUCUCCAGCUUCAGAAGAGGUUGAUGUUGCUCCGCAAGGAUCUUCGCAUGUGAAAAUUAGUGUGGAGGGUAAUUUUGGUUCCCAUCCCAUCACUGGGCUUGAAAAUCAAUUCGUAUCACCUGAGACCCGAGUCAUUCAUGAAGAGGAACGGUUGGAGAGGAAGCGCAAGAGUGAAGAGGCUAAAAUGGCAAGGGAAGUUGAAGCCCAUGAGAAGAGGAUUAGGAAAGAGCUUGAGAAACAAGACAUGCUAAGGCGAAAGAGAGAAGAGCAAAUGAGGAAAGAGAUGGAGAGACAGGAUCGUGAGAGGCGGAAGGAAGAAGAAAGACUUUUACGUGAAAAGCAGCGUGAGGAGGAACGGUACCUAAGGGAGCAAAGGCGUGAGAUGGAAAGGAGGGAAAAAUUUCUCCAGAAAGAAUCUAAGAGAGUGGAGAAAAUGAAGCUUAAAGAAGAAAUGCGUAGAGAGAAGGAGGCUGCAAAGCUUAAAGCUGCUAAUGAGAGGGCUGCUGCUCGUAGAAUUGCUAAAGAAUCCAUAGAAUUAAUUGAGGAUGAAAGAUUGGAACUCAUGGAGUUGGCUGCCUCUAGGAAGGGUUUGCCUUCAGUUCUAGCUUUGGACAAUGAAGCUCUACAAAACCUUGAUUCAUUUGCAGAUAUGCUCAGGGAAUUCCCACCCAAGUUUGUCUGCCUGAAAAAACCAUUUGGAAUUCAACCCUGGAUUGGUUCUGAUGCAAAUGUGGGCAAUCUUCUAAUGGUCUGGAGAUUCUUAAUUACUUUUUCUGAUGUUCUCUCGCUCUGGCCUUUCACUUUGGAUGAGCUUGUUCAGGCAUUUCAUGAUUAUGAUCCAAGAUUACUUGGAGAGAUACAUAUAGCUCUCCUGAGAUCCAUAAUAAAAGAUAUUGAAGAUGUUGCUAGAACGUCUUCAGCUGUGGUUGGAGUGAAUCAAAACAAUGUUGCUAAUCCUGGAGGUGGACAUCCCCAGAUUGUUGAAGGAGCAUAUGCUUGGGGUUUUGAUAUAAGGAGCUGGCAGCGCCACUUAAACCCAUUGACUUGGCCUGAAAUAUUGCGGCAGUUUGCUCUAUCUGCAGGUUUUGGCCCAAAGUUGAAGAAAAGAAGCAUUGAACCUGCGGGUCUCCGGGAUGAAAAUGAGGGUAAUGAUGCUGCUGAUAUUAUUUCCAACUUACGAAAUGGAGUUGCAGCAGAGAAUGCUCUUUCUAAAAUGCAAGAAAGGGGUCUUUCCAAUCCCCGGAGAUCUCGACAUCGCCUAACACCUGGAACAGUCAAAUUUGCAGCAUUUCAUGUUCUCUCAUUUGAGGGAAGCAAGGGCCUAACAAUACUGGAUGUUGCAGAAAGGAUUCAGGCAUCUGGUCUGCGGGACCUUACCACGAGUAAGACACCAGAAGCAUCUAUUGCUGCUGCUUUGUCAAGGGAUACGAAGCUUUUUGAGAGAACUGCUCCUUCCACUUACUGUGUGCGUACGCCUUACAGGAAGGAUCCUGCUGAUGCUGAAGCUCUUCUUGCCGCAGCCAGGGAAAAAGUUCACCUAUUUAAAAAUAGAUGUUUGAAUGGUGAGGAAGCAGAUGAUGGUGAGAAAGAUGAUGUUGAAAGAGAAGAAGAUUCUGAAAGUGAUGCAGCAGAGGAUCCUGAGGUUGACAAUUUAGAAGAUGAAACAAAUAUAAAUAAAAGCAGUGGCUCUUGUAAACCAAGUAGAUUAGAAGAUCACAAAAUUUCUUAUGAUCUGACUGAGAUGCCACCAGAUAGUGUUCAGAAUUCACCUACUUUGAUGCAAGCUUCAGGUCUUUUGGGGGAGAAAACUUCUGGUGAUCAAUUAGUUGAUACUGGCAGUCAAUGCGAGAGUAGUAUUCCUGACCAAGAAAACACAAUAGUAGAUGAUGGCAGUGCAGGCGAACAAUGGGUUCAAGGACUCAUGGAUGGGGAGUACUCUGAUCUGAGUGUCGAAGAGCGCCUUGAUGCCCUUGUUGCUUUGGUUGGAUUUGCUAACGAGGGAAACUCUAUCCGCAUUGCUUUAGAGGAGCGCUUGGAAGCAGCAUCUGCACUGAAGAAGCAGAUGUGGGCAGAAGCACAACUUGACAAACGUCGUUUCAAAGAUGAUUAUGUGAUAAAGAUGCAGUAUUCAUCUGUUAUUAACAAGGCUGAACAGAAUUUCUCAAUCUCUGCGAUGGAGAGCAGGCAAUGUCUUUCUCUCGCUAUUAAUGCAAAUAAUGGGGCUGCACCAUUAAAUUCUGCUGCUCAGCCAGGGGAUUCAAAUAACCCAAACUACUCUAGUAAUGUAAUUGUUGAAAGAAAUCUUCCAUUACAAGAGUUUUCUGCUGGCCCUGAUAAUAUUCAGGUUCAGCAUUUGGGAUAUGUUGCAGAGAAGUCACGCAUGCAGCUGAAAACUUAUAUUGGAUAUAGGGCAGAGCAGACAUAUGUAUAUAGGUCAUUGCCACUUGGACAGGAUCGUAGACGCAACAGAUAUUGGCAGUUCAUUACUUCUUCUCGAAAUGAUCCAGGCUAUGGCAGAAUUUUUGUUGAGCUGCGUGAUGGUCAGUGGAGGCUUAUUGAUUCCGAAAAGGGUUUUGAUGCCCUCCUGGCAUCCUUGGAUGUACGUGGAAUCAGAGAGUCCCAUUUGCAUUUGAUGUUGCAAAGAAUUGAAGUGACUUUCAAGGAAACUGCAAGAAGAAAUACGUUGCAAAUGAAUUCUGUCCCAGAUGUUGAAAAUGAUGUGAAAAACGAAGCUUUGGAAAAAACUUCCACUCUUGACAAAGACCCAAAUAGCGCUCCGUGUAUAUCAAACUGUGAUAUGUCUGAACCGUCAGCAUCCUUUGUGAUUGGGGUUGGAAGGAACAUAGUUGAGAAAAGCGAUGCUUUGAGGAGAUACCUAGAUUUUGAGAAGUGGAUGUGGGAAGAAUGCCUUGAUUCUAAAUUUUUAUGUGCGAUGAAGGAGGGAAAGAUAAGACGUAGAAACCUGCUGAGAGUUUGUGACCACUGCCAUGUUUUGUACUUUGAGGAAAAUCACUGUCCGUUUUGUCAUACAACUUACGCCAAAAACUCAAAAUUUUCCGAACAUUUGACUAGGUGCAAAGAGAAAUUGAAGGAUGAGUAUCUUUCCCCUUACCGGGCUCUAUACUCGUCACCUCCCAUUCGUCUUAGAUUGUUAAAAGCACAGCUAGCUUCACUGGAGGUCUCCGUUCUUCCUGAAGCUUUUGAACCUGUUUGGUCAGAGGAGUAUCGAAGCCAUUGGGGUAUGAAGCUACAGACUGCAUCUUCAGCCGAAGAUCUACUUCAGCUUUUAACAAUGUUAGAAUGUGCCAUUAAGAGAGACUUUCUAUUGUCAAAUUACGAGACCUCAAAUGAGUUGUUGGGCAUUUCUGAUCAGCCUGCUGGUUUCGAGAGGGUUGGCGUGCUUCCAUGGAUACCCCACACGACAGCGGCUUUAGCACUGAGGCUUAUGGAACUCGACACAUCCAUAUAUUACACACAACAGCAGAAAGAGGAAUCUCAGAAAGGAGCGAGAAAUUUCUCUGCGCUACCGUCAAAAUAUACUAUUCCAAAAAAUGUUGCGGAGGAGGUUCCUGCUGAAGCUCUGCAUGAAGCUGGAAUGUGGCCUAAUGUCGAAAACGGAUCUGGCUCAGGACGAGGCCGAGGUCGUGGAAGAGGUCGUAGACGUAUCAGUAUUGAGAAAUCUCAGAGGAAAAUCGUCGAUUCCAAGCCCGAAUCGGCUUCUCACAGAAAGUCAAUAGCAAGCAAUGACAGACUUGGCGGACUGCCAGGAUGGAAAGGGCAAUCGAAGGGACAAGGGGGGCGUAGAAAGGGUCGUCGUUCAGCCAGAAGUAGGCAAAGGCCGGUGAAGAAUGUUAAUAUAACAAUUAAUGCUGAGAACAGGCCGUGCUCCAUUGAGCAGCAAUGGAAGGAGGACGAAACAGCACAGAUUCAAAUCGAGGCCGCUGAAAACGAUAGCAGUCCAGAAAGAUCGGGAUUUGAGAACGAUAACGGUCAAGCAUCAGAGGAUGAAUACGAUGACUACGCUAUGACAGAAGAGUAUCCCGGGCUCUUCAGUGCAAAAUCUGGACAGCAAAUGGAAAUCGGUGGCAACUAUGACGCUGAUCAAGGAAUUGAUGACCGCAUUGAUGAUAUAGACUAUGCCAACGACGAUUACAUAGAUGGUGAUGAUGAAGUUGAAGGCGAGGAAGAUGCACCGGGGAAUGAAGAAGACAUUGAAGGAUAUUUCAACGGUGACUCAGAGGACGAAGGAAACAGAUUCAGGGCCGGUGACUCAGAGGAUGAAGGAAACAGAUUCAGGGCCGAGGAGCAAAUAGAAAGCGAGAGUCAAGAUUCACCAUCUUCGUCAUCUGACUAUAGUGAAUAAUUUCUAGUUCCGAAGAAGGGAGCAAAAUGUAGCUGCAAGCCUGCAAGCGAUGUCAACUCUACAAAACAUAAAGAAAAAGGUGAAGGUUUGCUCUUGCUCCAUAGUACAAUCUCCCAUCUCUUGAAGACUAGAGAGCUUUGUAGGAAGUUAACAUGUAUUUAUAUGUAUUAAUAGUUGAAAAUGAGCUGCAUAGUGUAUGGUAAACUGUACCUAAAUCUUGCAAACUGGAGUACUAUACAUCUCAAUUAUAAAGAAGCAAGAGUUAAAGCUCAGAAAUUUUAUUAUGAAUUCUGGGAAAUAUGUAGAUUUCAUCCAUUUUAUCCCCUUGCAGUGUUUUCCCACUGAUUCUGGAAUGGAGAAUAUAGUGAAGCUGA